AUGUAUUUAUUAUUUCUUUCUUUUCUUUCUUUCAUAAAUUCAUACGUAUUUAUUAUUUCUUUCUUUUUGUUUCUUUCAUCAAUUCAUAUGUAUUUAUUAUUUCUUUGUUUUCUUUCUUUCAUCAAUCCAUAUGUAUUUAUUAUUUCUUUCUUUUUUCUUUCAUUUAUCAAUUCAUAUGUAUUUAUUAUUUCUUUCUUUCUUUUAUUUCUUUCAUCAAUUCAUAUGUAUUUAUUAUUUCUUUGUUUUCUUUCUUCCAUCAAUCCAUAUGUAUUUAUUAUUUCUUUCUUUUUUCUUUCAUUUAUCAAUUCAUAUGUAUUUAUUAUUUCUUUCUUUCUUUUAUUUCUUUCAUCAAUUUAUAUGUAUUUAUUAUUUCUUUUUUUUUGCUUUCAUCAAUUCAUAUGUAUUUAUUAUUUCUUUCUUUUUUCUUUCUUUCAUCAAUUCAUAUGUAUUAAUUAUUUCUUAUUUUUUUCAUUCUUUGAUCAAUUCGUAUGUAUUUAUUGUUUGUUUCUUUCUUUUAUUUCUUUAAUCAAUUCAUAUAUAUGUAUCAUUUCUUUCUUUUUUCUUUCUUUCAUCAAUUCAUAUGUAUUUAUCAUUUCAUUGUUUCUUUUCUUUAUUUCAUCAGUUGAUAUGUAUUUAUUAUUUCGUUCUUUUUUCUUUCUUUUAUCAAUUCAUAUGUAUUUAUUAUUUCUUUCUUUUUUUCUUUCAUCAAUACAUAUGUAUUUAUUAUUUCUUUCUUUCUUUUAUUUCUUUCAUCAAUUCAUAUGUAUUUAUUAUUUCUUUGUUUCUUUUCUUACUUUCAUCAAUUCAUAUAUAUAUAUUAUUUCUUUCUUUUUUUCUUUUUUAUCAAUUCAUAUGUAUUUAUUAUUUCUUUCUUUCUUUUCUUUCUUUCAUCAAUUUAUAUAUAUUUAUUCUUUCUUUCUUUUAUCAAUUCGUAUGUAUUUAUUCGUUCUUUCAUUUUUUUCUUUCAUUCAUAAACUCAUAUGCAUUUAUUUUUUGUUUCUUUCUUUUCUUUCUUUCAUCACUUCGUAUGUAUUUAUUAUUGCAUUGCUACAUUUCUUUCAUCAAUUUAUAUUUAUUCAUUAUUUCUUUUUUCUUUCUUUCAUCAAUUCAUAUGUAUUUAUUCUUUCUUUCUUUUCUUUCUUUCUUUUAUCAAUUCGUAUUCAUUUAUUAUUCUUUUCCUUUCUUUCUCUGACUCAUAUGUAUUUACUUACUUUUCCUUUUUUUUCAAUAUAUAUAUAUAUAUAUAUAUAUUUAUUUAUUUUCUUUUUUCCAUUCUUGUAUCUUUCUUCCUUUUACUCAUUCACAGACUAUGUCAAUGUUACAAAGGAAAUCAGCAUCAUUUAUGGGUUUACGGCCAUAUUACCAUAA